UUUCCAUCCCUUUUUUUUUUCCUCUACCUUUUUAUACAAUCAAUUUUGUUUUUUUUUUAAAGAAAAAUCUCUCUCUCAUUUCAUAAUAUAAUCCUCUCCUCAUUCUAAAACUAAAAAAUUUGGGGAAAAAAGGUUCAAUUUUUUUUUCCAUUAAUGGAGUCCUCUACCGCUCCAAAAACGGCAUCGUAUAAUCAAGAACAAAACGACGGCGAUUUAGAGGAUAACCACCACCAUCUCCGCCGUGAGAUCCCAGCGGAGGAACUGAACCUGAUCGAAGGUUUGAAAAUGGCUUCAUCGGAGCCAAGGGUAUUUUCGUGUAAUUUUUGUCAAAGAAAAUUUUAUAGCUCACAAGCACUUGGAGGGCAUCAAAAUGCUCAUAAAAGAGAGAGAACGUUAGCCAAAAGAGGCGGUCAACGGUUUCCGGCAUUCGGUGGCUACCACCACUAUGCGGCGGUGGCGGCGGCGCCGUCUUUUCUACUCCCCGGUGGUCCCAACAACAACAACAACAACAGAUCGCUUGGAAUUCAAGUUCACGCGAUGGUACAUAAACCGUCUCACCACCCGCCGGUUUCUUCCAAUUCCCGGUUUGGGGUUCACUACGGCCGGUCUGACGGCGGUUGGUCUAGAACUCCCAUCCAUCAACAGCCAGGUGUUGGGAAGCUACCCUUGAUGAACGCUGGCCAUCCGAUUAAUCAUACGACUGGAUUUCCGCCUCGUGGCUGUAGCUCCGUCGGUAGGUUCGACUUUGACGUUGUCCGAUCAACGGCGGCUGCUGCCGACGACACCCAUAAAGUACUCGACUUGUCUCUCAAGCUGUAAUUUAUACAUAAAUUUCUCUCCACUUUAGAAUUAUAAAUCUUCAAAGUUUUUUUUUUUUUUAAUUAAUGUUUUCAUCUUAUAAAGUUUCGUUUUUGAUCUGAAUCAAGUCAAUAUUAUAGAUAGUGAAGCUGCAAUUUGCACAAAUCAAUGUUGAAUUAUAGUAUUCAUCA